UUUGAUUUGAUGGAAAAUUUGUUCCUCCCCGUUUACAGUCUCUUAGCUAAGCUUCUUCUUCCUCUACUUCCUCUGGACUGUACAUCCUUGUUCUUCUUUGAACCUUGGCAAGAGCAAGGGGCUGUGUCCUGCUAACAUCUCCGUCUCUAGAGAGUAACUUCACGAUUUGCUACUGAAUUGGAACUUUUAUAGUUUCAUUCUUGUAUCUUUGAUUGAUCAAUUUGUGGGAACAAGGAGAGCAUGGAGGUGAAGGAAGUGCUGCACAUGAGCAGAGGAGAUGGAGAGAACAGCUAUGUUAAGACCUCGACUUAUACGCAAAUGAUUGCUCUUUUCACCAAGCCGGUGAUCGCUAGCGCAGUCAAUUCCCUGUUCCAAGAACCUUUCUUCCCUUGCAAGCUCCUCAAUGUGGCAGACCUCGGUUGCUCUUCAGGCCCGAGCACUUUCACUUUCAUGUCCACUGUGAUUGAGAGCGUCAAAAGCAACUGCAGAGGAUUGGGAUCUACACCGCCCGAGAUCCAAUUUUACUUGAAUGAUCUUCCUGGCAAUGACUUUAAUACUCUGUUCAAGAGCCUCUCCGACCUCCAUCGGAAUCUUGAUGGCUUGUCAUUCUUCGUGAUGGGAGCUCCAGGCUCUUUCCAUGAAAGAAUCUUUCCUCAGAAUUGCUUGCAUCUUGUUCAUUCUUCAUACAGUGUCCACUGGCUAUCUCAGGUCCCGCGGCUUACAACUGAAGAAGGCUUGCCGAUGAACAAGGGAAAGAUUUACAUAUCUAAGACAAGCCCUCCUGAGGUUAAGGAGGCCUACUUGGCUAAGUUCGAGGUAGACUUCACAAAUUUUCUGAGAUGUCGGAGUGAAGAAAUGGUAACUGGUGCUCGUCUCGUGCUAGUGCUUCAUGGGAGGCGAAAUGCAGAUCCUGCAAGCAAAGAGAGCUGCUAUAUCUGGGAGUUACUAGCUGAGGCAAUCUCAAGCAUGGUCUCUGAGGGGCUCGUAGAGGAAGAGAAGCUAGAUACCUUGAACGUGCCAUACUACACAGCCUCUCAAGAGGAAGUCCAACAUAUAGUCCAACAAGAAGCAUCCUUCACAGUGGAGCACGUCGAAACAUUUGCCUUGGAUGUCGGAGGAAUAUCAUCAGAAAAAGAGGAUCCAUGGACCAGAGGGAGAAAGCAAGCGAAGCACACUAGGUCAUUCACAGGUUCCGUCGUUCAGCACCAUCUCGGGGAAGAGGUCAUGGACAAGCUUUAUGGUGAAAAGUUGGCCCACUUGAUUGGAAAAGACUUAAGCAAGGGAGAGAGGCAGGGCAUCAGCAUUGUCCUUAUGCUAAGGAAACGUGACUAGUUAAGUCGAUACAUGCUCCGCAUUGCAUGUUUUUCCAUUAAGGAAAUGGAUGUUCACAAUCAAAGUUGUUGUAACAAUUCUCCAAUAAGCUAAAUAAAGCUGUGGCCCAUUCAAUUAUGGUCUAAUUUAAAAGCCUAA